GCGAGGAAAAAAAAAGAAACAAAAAUUUUCUCUCCGUGUACAAGUGUUUGGUUGGUGAAGUUGGUGAAAGAAAAGUCUCCAGGCCAGACCCCUCCUAGAUGCGUCCCAAAAAGGAAACGUGAGUGCGUGCAAUUUCUAUCCAGCUGGACGCGCGCGCCCGUGCGUAUCGCGAUGGAAGGCGACAUGUUGGCGAUUUACAACUUCAACGAAAACGAGAUGCCCGACGGGAACAAUGCAUUAGAGUUUCCCGAUCUAGAUUUUGUUUACGCAGACGCGGACAGUCAUGCGAACGAGAUUGCCGAACUGUACAGCUACACCGAGCAGGCCGAAUUUCAGCACAAUGUUAAGGCAUUCGAAGAUCAGAUGGAGCUGUACAAACUGCCCCCGAUGUGGCAAAAGCUGUCGGAGAGCGAGCAAAACGGCGUCAUACUGAAGCUGCUCGAUCAGCUGGACAUGUCGAAGAAGAGCCAGCGGAUGAAGGCCGCCCGCUGCAUACUGUACCUUGCGCAGGGCUGCUGGGUUGAGGUGCAAUCCGACCAGGAGCAGCAGAUGUGGGCCCGCAAGAACGUGAUGCUGCUCUACUCGGCCGGUGUGUUUGGAGCGUUUGUGGAGCUGUUGAACUUGGAGAUUGACAAUUCCUCCACUGCCAACAUAGCAAUGCGCAAGAUAGCGGUGUCGCUGGCCGAUUCGAUCGAUCUGCGCGUCAUUCUGUCCGUGCUGUACAUCAUCACCGAGGUGAUGCGGGCGGAAAAGGAAAGCAAAAAUCAAGAAUACUCUCAGCUGGUGUCGAACUUUGUUACCGAAAUCACUUAUCCCAUUGGCGAUGAGCUGCUGUCAGUAAAACUGCUCGGGAUGGUCACACACUUCUGCUCCGGCAUGGCUCCACAUUUUCCAAUGAAAAAGGUAUUACUCUUACUGUGGAAAAUAUCUCUCGUGUCCUUGGGAGGCAUGGAUACGCUCAAGUAUCUGAAAGAUAAAUAUCGUAGUGCGGCUGGCCUUUCCCAGAAUCGCGAGGACACGCUAGAAAUAUCAAAGGUGAUGCGCGCUAGUUCGCCACCUAUUACGGCACCGUCGAACGAUGACAAUCAGAACGCCAAGCGUAGCAGACCAUCCCGAAGAGUAUGUACGAACCCUAGUCAAACGCAAGAGAGCUUGAUCAAACAAAGCUCACUGGACGAGCAGGAGCAGCUGGGGCUGGAGAUGGAAACGGCGGCGCCCGAAAACGAGGAAGACCUGUCCGACUAUUUCCGCCAGUACGAGGAUCCAAUCAAUGGGGCGGGCAACCCGGCCGCCGGUGAGGACGGUGCGAACCCGGCCGCUGCCGACGGGGCGGCAGAGAAUGGCGAAACGAAGGAGGGCGAAUGUUCUUCGCCGCCACCGGCCGAACCGGUGGAAGAGCCACCGCAGGAAAUUACGAACCGGUUGCCAUGGGCACCGAAGAUCCGCCGCAAGGAUAUUGACAUCUUUCUGAACAAUUCGCGCAGCAAGUUCAUCGGCUACACGCUGAAGGACGACCACGACACAAUUGCCGGGCUGCCGCAGCCCAUCCAGGAAGGGUUCAGAACGUUGACAAAGCACAUGUACGUGAGCUUGGCAGAUGUGCAGAUUCGGCGUGAGGAGGAAAUUAACCGCAAUCCGCUGUCCACGUCGGAGGGCGAAAUACCGCUCACGCCGACAGAAAUCCUGUACCAAGCGCUGCUGCCCAAUCUGUCCCAGUACAUGAUUUCGCUGCUGAAGAUUUUGCUAGCGGCCGCACCGACCUCGAAAGCCAAAACCGAAAGCAUCAACAUUAUGGCCGACGUACUUCCGGAAGAUAUGCCCAUGACGGUACUGCAAUCAUCGAAGCUGGGAAUCGACGUGAGCCGCCACAAGGAAAUCACCGUGAAGGCCGUGUCCGCCAUACUGCUGCUCUACCUGAAGCACUUCAAGAUCAACCACAUCUACCAGUUCGAGUUCAUCUCGCAGCAUCUGGUGUUUGCCAACUGCAUCCCGCUGGUGCUGAAGUUCUUCAACCAGGACAUCAUGAGCUACGUCGGCGCGAACAACGGCAUCCCGAUCAUCGACUUCCCGUCGUGCGUGAUCGGCGAGCAGCCGGAGCUGACGUCCGAGUCGAUGCUGGUCGGCGACGCGGCCACCUACUCCUGGCGCAACGUGUUCUCCUGCAUCAAUCUGCUGCGCAUACUGAACAAGCUGACCAAGUGGAAGCACUCGCGCAUCAUGAUGCUGGUCGUGUUCAAGUCGGCGCCGAUCCUGAAGCGCACGCUCAAGGUGCGCCACGCGCUGAUGCAGCUGUACGUGCUGAAGCUGCUCAAGAUGCAAACCAAGUACCUGGGCCGGCAGUGGCGCAAGUCGAACAUGAAGACGAUCAGCGCGAUCUACGCGAAGGUGCGCCACCGGCUGAACGACGACUGGGCGUUCGGGAACGAUCUGGACGCGCGCCCCUGGGACUUCCAGGCGGACGAGUGCGCCUUGAAGAGUGGGGUGGAUCGGUUUAACAACCGGCGCUACCUGCAGGUGAACAACGGCAUACUGGCCGGCAUCGAGGGCCUGGACUAUGACGAUCCGAUCGAAGGGAUCGGUGGUAUUGGUGGGGGAGGCGGUGGGUUGGGCGUUGGCGCCGGACUGGGCGGUGGUGGCGUCGGUGGCGACGGGUUGAACGGGGGCGGUGCGGCACUCGGCUGCGUCAAUGGAGGCGGGGCUGGUGGGCCGGGUGGCGCUGGUGGGGUCGGCGGAGGUUCGGAACGGGGCAACGCCUGCUACGGCGGAUUGGCCCGCAAACCGGAAGAGAUCGAGCUGAGCGAAGAGUUUAAGCAAAACUACGAACUCUGGCUGCAGCAGGAAGUGUACAAUAACAACAUCGAUUGGGACGCUCUGCUUGCAGUGGACGAUUUUUCUUAGACGAGAAGCGCGGAGAUGUGGAGCGUUUGUGUGUGUAAGAACUCCCCCCCCCCCCCCCUCCCCACCACACAGUAUAUGUGUAUGUCCUCCCCCCGCAUUCUCAACAUAUUAUAAGAAAUAAACAGUAAAACCGCUGAUAAUAGCAGAACGUUGUUAAUUUAA